AUGGCUGCAAGCGUCAAAACACCCGUGCCUCUGAUCAUUGACGGUGCUCCGGCUACGGGGUCAUAUUCAUUUCCUGUGACCAAUCCCAGCAACGGCGACGAACUGUGGGAGGCCUGGGGCGCUACAUCCACCGAAGCAGACGCCGCGGCCGCUGCAGCUGCAAAAGCCUUCCCUACAUGGGCAAAUGUGAAUUAUGUGGAAAGACGGAACCUUCUCAACAAGGCUGCCGAUUGCCUUGUUGAACGUCUAGCGGAGCUCAAGAAAUAUGUCAUGGAGGAGACUGGAGCGACCAGUGAUUGGGCCAAUUUCGAUUGUAACACGGCAGUCGGGAUCUUGAGAGAAGUUGCAAGCAGAGUUUCGACAAUAGCUGGGACCGUGCCGCAAACCUUGGACACUGGACUCACGGCUCUCGUAUGUCAAGUACCGUACGGCGUUGUUCUGGGCAUUUCACCAUGGAAUGCAGCAUCAAUCCUGGGCAUACGGUCGAUCGCAUAUGCAUUGGCAGCAGGAAAUACCGUGAUCCUCAAAGCUUCCGAACUGUGUCCGCGUGCGCAUCACCUGCUAGGAGACUGCUUUCGAGAGGCAAGGUUUCCACCAGGUGUGGUGAACGUGAUAGCACAUUCUCCAGAGAAAGGGCCAGAAGUCAUCGGUGCUUUGAUCAAACAUCCUGCCGUCAAAAAGAUCAACUUUACCGGAUCCACCCAGGUAGGCCGCAUUCUGGCUCAAUUAGCGGCGAAGGAACUCAAACCCAUUUUGCUUGAACUUGGUGGCAAGGCUCCCACCAUUAUCCUCGAGGAUGCGGAUGUUGAAAAUGCUGCCAUGGGUGUCGCGAAGGGAUCGAAUCUUCAUGCUGGACAAGUCUGCAUGGCGACUGAGAGAGUCAUCGUCUUGGAAUCUGUUGCAUCAAAGUUCGAAGCGGUAUUGAAAGAGACAUACGCGAAGCUGUAUGCCGAUGGGUAUCUCCCACAAGCUGCCGCUCAGCCGUCGGGAGCACAAAAGGUCAAAGAUUUGGUUGACGACGCUCUCAGUAACGGAGCUGAGGUGGUGGCAGGAAAGCCUGGGUUCCAUGGCUCGGAGAAGAGGGCAGUACCACCCGUCGUUGUGAAGGGAGUUGAGAAGUCCCGGAUCUACUACGAAGAGUCGUUUGGUCCAGCGAUAUCCAUGAUUGUUGUACCGACCGUCGAUGAGGCCGUCAGAGUAGCCAAUGACACUGAGUAUGGUCUGUCUGCGGGAGUCUGGGGUUCUCUGUCGAAAGCGCUGGCUGUCGCAAAGAGGAUCGAUAGUGGAGCUGUGCACAUUAACGACUCGACAAUUCAUGAUGAGCCUACCUUGCCUCACGGAGGAAUGAAGUCAAGUGGUCAUGGUAGAUUCGGCGGUUCUUGGGGUAUCGCGGAGUUUCUGACGACGAAGACGAUCACGUUCAAAAUCUGAAACAUCGUAGUUCCUCGAAACCAUGGUGUUGUGGUAGCCUGCUGCGGCCGCGAUGGUGAUUGACUGUGUGGAAAGAAGAUGAUGAUGUUCACGUGGAAACACGACGCGUCGCGUUGGAGAGAUUUGGGGUUAAAUAAGGAAAGAACCUUGAGCAUUGCCGAGGUUGAGAGGGUUACAACGACCGACAUGUGAGCACCACGAAACGGAGUACAUAAGUUGUUACCCUACGGAAACGCAUGAACUGUC